AUGCCUGGUAUCGAGGUCAACAAUGCCUCAUCUCCUGAGUUGGUGAAUCCGACGUCCCUAAGCAGUCAAGUCACUGAUACUUCGAACAAGGGAGAGCAACCACCGAAACGAUGGACCAGAAGAAAGAUCAUACUAUGGCUAGGGAUCGCAUUUCUAGGACUGGCAGCUCUUGUUCUCAUCAUCACUCUUCCAGUCGUCUUGCUGCGACGACACCCACCCGAUCACCCUAGCUAUCACGUCAAAGAGAAUCAUCCGCUUCGGGUCGUUGAUAACUUCCCAGACCCUGGGCUUCUUGAGUUUAAUGGAACAUGGUUUGCUUUUGGGACAAAUGCAAAGAAGAGCACCACGAAUAAGGUGCAUGUCCCCGUGGCCACGUCCGACAAUUUCCAGAACUGGUCAAUAUUGGUCGGCCAUGACCUCCUACCCGAAGUGGGCGAUUGGGAAAUUAACCCCCAUCACUGGGCUCCAGAUGUGAUUCAACGGGAUGAUGGGAAGUUCGUUUUAUAUUACUCCGGAGAAUCGAAGAUUCAUCAGCCGCAUCACUGCGUGGGUGUUGCAGUCUCAGAGGGAACAAGCCCUAUAGGACCCUAUACCCCAGAAAAGAAACCGCUGGCCUGCCCAAUGGAAUAUGGUGGCGCCAUUGAUCCGUCGCCCUUCAGGGAUGCAGAUGGAAAGUUCUAUGUCUCCUACAAGGCUGAUGGCAACAGCGUUGGGCAUGGAGGGGACUGUAACAAUGCUAAAAAACCAUUAGUCUCAGUUCCAAUCAUGCUCCAAGAGCUCGAAAAUGACGGAGUUACUCCAGUCGGUGACCCUGUCCAAAUCCUCGACAUUGAUGAGAGCGACGGCCCUCUGGUGGAAGCCCCGAAUAUCAUUCGAGCCGAGCAAGGAAUCUACUAUCUGUUUUUCUCCUCGCAUUGUUUUACUUCCCCUGGGUACAAUGUCAAAUAUGCCCACUCGACAUCACUCAAAGGCCCAUACAAAAGGGCCGACAGACCUUUGCUGAGAACAGGAGAUUUUGGCCUGGAGUCUCCCGGGGGCGCCACGGUCUCCCAUGAUGGGACGAGGAUGGUUUUUCACGCAAAUUGCGAUCUUAUCUUCCGAUGCAUGUAUGCGGCAGCAAUCAACAUUAACCUCAAUUCGACCAUCACAUUAGCGAGUUUUUGA